ACUGCGCGCCUCUGAUUACCUCCAUCUCUUUUUUUUUCAAUUUUUCGUUUGGUUUCCGGCUAGGGUUCUAUCCUCUUUCGGAUCUCUCUAUUUUCGAUCCGAAAAUCACAGGUUCUAUCCUCUCUCCGAUCUGUUUUUCUUCAAUUCCGAUUUUCAAUCGGUUUUCUUGUUUGGAAUUCUCUAGUUUUAUCGAUUGGAUUCGUCUCAUUUUUUUUCGGCAGUUUCUCCACUUUUUUUUCGCCGAUCUCCUUCCUUUUAUUCUUCUCACUGAAAUUGUUGUGUUUUCACCAAUUGAUCGGUGAUUUCUCUAUCUUCUGAUCUCAAUUGAGUUUUUCAAUUUUCUCAAUUCCGAUUGUAAUCGGUUCUCUCCGAUUUAUACUUCAUGUUUGGUGUAGUAUGUUGAACUUCGGCAGUUGUAUGCUUCGAUUUUCUCAAUCAUUUGCUCAUUGGAUUUGUAUGAUCCAAGUUUGUAUCUCUCCGAUUGAAUUCGGUUGAGUGUUUUCGUUUUGAGAAUAUGUUUUCUUAAAUUUGUUGUUGAAUCUGAAUAUGUUUUCAGAUUUAUCUAUGGUUUUCCGAUUGUAUGUCGGAUGUUUGUUUUGUUGUUCACCGAUUGUUCGGUUGGAUCUGUUUCAUUUGUGAAUCAGUUUCUGUUUUCUCCGAUCAAAUCGGAUCCUCUGUUUUCUAAACCUUUUUCUUCAGACUCUUGUGUAUGAUCGAAGCCUGAUUCGUGGAGGUUUUUCAGUUUGUCAGUGUUGUUUGUUUGGUUGUUGCAACUGCAAGACCUUUGGUUGCUAGGCUGUUGAUGCUCUUGCAUCGGGUAGGGGAUUGGAAAUUUGUUGUUGGUGAUUGCAACAAUUGGUGAAUAUUUGGUUAUAUGCUUGGAGUUGUGUAAUCAAAUUUGUUGUUGAGAUGAUGAUUGUUGAUGAGAUGAUGAAGAUGUUUUUCAAGAUGUUUCUGAUUUGAAACCUGAAGUUAGUUCCGAGAAAUCUGCUUUCCCUAGCAUUUCAGAAUGCAAGUGUGGAAUGCCUUUAUGCAUCUGCGAAGCACCAGCUCCUUCAAAGGUUUCUAUGUCAUCACAGCCAUUUACUGCACCCUCAUAUCCCCCUGUUACUGCAUCAGAGUUGCUGAGUUGUGGCAUCUUUGGAGCCAAUUGAUUCUUCAUUGAGACUUGUCUGAGUCCUGCUAUAGCUUCAUCAAAGGCUUGUUUUGCAGCCAAAAGAUACAGCCCAUGCAUCCAAGAGAAGUGAGAGUUUGAGGCUCCUUCAAGGAGUGCAGCUGCCAUGAGAAGGUUUGCAAAUGUUCAAGAUGGUUGCAUUUGAUAUGCUUCCAUCUUGAGGGAGGCCGUGACAAUUGAAAAAUUACAUAGGCUGACAAUGUAUCCGAGGGGAAGCGUGUCUCCGCAUUUGGGAUAUUCUCCGGUGUGGUCUCAGCAGCAAUGGUAUGUGGAACAUUAACCGCUCGAAUUCUUCCCACAGAUCGUAUAUAUCAGGUAGCGGCCGUUGUAGCCAUUGUGGCAGCAGUUUACAUGAGAAUCUUUCUUGAGGCCGAUCGAAGGACAUCCCCCCUCGCCAACGAUGGCCUUGAGCAGCCAAUGUUGAAGUCCACAACUGAAGAAGAAAGAAACGAGUCGUUGAAGACCACAGAUUUGAUGAAGUUACCAAAGGACAUGUAUCGUUUGUUCAAGACCAGCAAUACUGUCUCGUUGGCCUCGUUCGUUGCCUUCUUCAACAGCCUUGCUGAGGCAGGAAUUGCUGCUUUCUUGAUGUAUUUCUUAAAGGCGCGGUUCCAUUUCCAGAAAGAUCAAUUUGCUGAUAUAUGGCUUAUCACAUACGCUGCAGCAACCUUCUCAACCAUGGUGUUAAUGCCUCUACUUGGUCUAAUUCUAGGAGAGGAGACACUUCUUUGCAUAGGACUUUUCGCAGGAUUCUUGAAUAUGCUGCUUGACAGCAUAGCUUGGGAACCUUGGGUCCCUUAUGCUUCUGCCUUCUUGGGAAUCUUCCUCUUCCUAGCAAGUCCAAGUAUCAGAUGCAUCAUUUCAAGAAAAGUCGGGGCUCAUGACCAGGGGAUUGCUCAAGGAUGUCUUAUGGGGAUAGCUUCAUUAGCUAAUGUUGUCUCUCCAUUAAUCUUUAGCCCUCUCUCUGCUUUGUUCCUAUCCGACGACGCCCCAUUCAACUUCCCCGGCUUCAGUAUCUUGAGCGUUGGCCUCGCCUACCUUAUAGCUUUCUUUAUCAGUAUAGUCAUCAAGAUUCAACCGCAUUGCUCAACAAACAAAGCAUGUAACCACCCAUGUUCCUUGGCCUAGUCAUUCAAAUCCAACAUACAUACACUAACCCUAAAGCUUUGUUUUCCUUAAACAAUCUAUUGAGGAAAUACGAUGUUGUUGUCUCCCUAUAGUUGUGUUAUUUUGGUAAAUGUAAAUAGAAUACGAGUUACACUUAAAGUCAUUACACUUGGUUUUGUUAUCAAGAAUUCUAAUGUUUUGUUGA